CAAAGCUCGACUUUUCAAGUAUAGUACAGAUUCUUGCAACAGAGUCGGUGAAGUAAAUUCAGAUUUUCUGAACAUUUGAGACGCCGGACAGUCUCACCGCCUCUGCUACCCUCACUGGAGUCACCCGCAUCCUGUCCUAUCCCAACCCGACCAGAGUCUAAUGGGUUCUAGAUGUAAAGAGAAGACCACAUGUCGAAGACAGUAUUAGCUUCAGGCUUCCCUAAGCCGAUCGGGUUCUUAAGGGAUUCUAUGUCUGUGCAGUGUACUUUUCACAGUGGAAGCAGAACAAACUAAUGAGAUUAAUCGAGUCUGCUUUUGAGAACCGUUAUUGCAAAUUUACAAUGGCAAAAGAUGAGCAGUUGUUUUAGUUGAGUAUGGAGGAGGGCUUUUAUUUAUGCUAUUGUACUGUGUAAAAUGGCUAACGAAAGUUGAAGAUAAGUGUCCCAAGAGUGAUAACCAGCUUGGUAGAGCAUGAGAUGCAGAAGACCCGUUGUUUCCCUAUUCUUGUAAGAUCAAUUCUCAUCUCAGAUUGAGAAGUUGGGUUGUCACGCCAGAAAUUACAUUUGGUGUGGGCUUUGUUGCGUAUCGUCAUCAUCCAGCUCUGGUUCACUCUGAAUAUGCAGUGGUUGUGUUAUCUGAGGAGGAUGGUGAUGCAGACAAGCAAAUGAGGGGGGUGUGGUCUGAUAUACAUUGCAAUAUUUUGUGGAGGUGUCGUGAAGACAUUACUAGUUCUUCAUAUCAGCUGAAACGAUCAUAGUGCAGACUCUCCACCAUGUUUGGAGAGGUAUACUAUUGAAGAGUGCCGAUCAGAAGAUGGAAUCCAGAACAAUGCUGUGAAGAUCAGCCAGUAGUUGAAACUGAAAGGAACCAAGUCAGAGAUAUAAUCUUUUUUCGUCACUUUAAAAUUUACUGCUAUCAAGUAAAAGGUAUGCUUCCUCUUUAGCUAGAAUCAGCAGUUAUUGAUGUGCUAAAUAUGUUUGCAAUUGAACUUCUAUGUAUUCUUACUGAAUAUAAUCACUGCUUUGAUGAACUUCCUCUACACUUCCUCCUACAGUAACUAUAUGAUUUUCAACACAUAGAGCCUUGAGCAGUAUCUGUUACGGUAGAUCUGGUUCUUCUUAUGGGACUGUACAAGAUUAAAUAGGCACUACAUUACCCUUGUACCAUGAAUGCGGUAUCUGUACUAACAUGUGGCUGGGUAAAUAUCUCUUGAUCAUCAGUCUCAUUGGGUUGAUCCUCCAUUGGCUUCUCCUGUGGACAGAAGAGAGGUUAAUGGUGGCAUUUUCAAGUCUUCAACUUCACCAUAGAGCACAAUGACCUUCUUGGCUAUUACUUUAUGAUACUCAUAUGCACACACAGUUUCAAUAAUGAAUCAUUUUAUGUUUUCUCAUAAAUCCAGGAAGGGAAGUAUAUAUGGCUUGAAUUUUUCAUUCAAGUUCCCCCUCAGUCCUGCCAUUUCAUGAAACAACAUUCCGAAACUAUAAACAUGAAUGGUUUUUGGAAUAGUGUGGGAGCUAUAUAAAACCUAUAUUUUGCCUCUUGCCACAGUAAGAGAAAUAGUGUUUUAAUCUUCAGGUAAAAGCUUGCAAGCCUAGAGUCUGAAUCUUGAAGUAAAAUUUCUGUGAAGAAGAUUGUGUGGGGUUUAUGAUUAAAAUUCUAGAUUUUAGCAUCUGAUACCACUUGUGUAUUCAUCCUAUCCCUACUGAGUAACAGUUUUUUCUCUCUCUGGAAAUGGCUGUCUAGAGAUGUAAUAUCCCAUUAGGCAUGAAAUCAGGAACAAGAGGUCUCUUUGAUCCCUCGGAAUCAAACUUGAUUAUUUGCACCACAUUGACAUGAUGAAUUUUUCCUAUUGCAAAAACUUAAUUAAUGAAUAACCCUUAUCUUUGGACCGCACAACAUCUUAAUCUACAGCAAGAUGGCAAUUUAACAGCUCUGUUCUAAACAGAACCAAAGCCUCCCAGACCAAGUUUAUCUUUGAAUACAAGUGUCAUGUUCUUAAUAUCUGACUUCAAAUAUUUUCUUGACAUAAAUUUUGGAUGCUAGGAAUAUUAAUGAUGCAUACAAAAUAUUCUGAGUAUAUCAUCUCAAUAAAAGUUCUUAUAAUAUUCUGUGACUUGGGGAUAAUUGAAAAUUGCUACUUUUUAAUGUCUGCAGGCCAAAUAAUUAUUUUUUAUUCCAAUCUAUCAUGAUCAUAGCUUAUUUUUGUUAGAACUAAUGCUCUGCAUUUUCUCUUUGUCAUUGCAUACAAGAAUAUUUCAACUGCAUCAUUAUAUUAUAGGAACUUUUACCAAUAGCAUCCUUUACUGAGUCUUUCGAAUGCUCAUUUUGUUAACUUCAUAUAAUUUUGAGCAGAGUAGUCCUGUCAUUUGAAUUUAGGAUACAUAUUGCAAGAUGCAUGGAUCUUCAUCUCUAUCACAUCAUGUUAUAUAUUAUAGACUAUUUGAUCUGGAGCGGAAUUAUUAAAAGCCUUCUAUCAAGUUUAAGGGAUUGCAAAUGCAAACCCAUUUACGACUUUGAAGUUCUAUAUGGGGGAAGCAUAAAGGCCAUAGGCUGGAAAUGCUGGAUACCUGAGUCCUGCCUGCACUAAACAAUAUUGCUGGGCCUGCAUUAUUUGUUACUAGAGGUUGACUCUUGGUCACUCCAAGUUGUAUUGUGGAGGAGCUGACUACGAUUUCGCAGUUGUUUUUUCCUUCCUUGGUAGAGUUGACUUAAGCCCCCCACAAAAGUUUAAACAAUAGCUGUUUCCUGUCCAGGAGGAGGCGUCAAGGGAGUUCUAUCCAGGUCAGUGCUGGUAUUCAAUGGUAUCAUCUUGAUGCUAUUGCGCCAAGUAAAGGCAACACCAGUAAAGGGCAUAGAAACAGGGUCUGCAUCCUUCAAAGAAGCUAAUAAAAUCGAUGUAUAUAGUGACAUGUUCAAGAGAGAUGACAUUAUUGAAAUGUCGAGAAUCUCAAUUGUUUUGUUUAGUGUGCAUAAACAAUAUGUUGAGAAUUAUUACCCGCAAAUGACGGUAUGAUCCUAUCCAAUCUUUCAUAAGCAAUGGCAUCAUCCUAUUGUUUAUUGCACCAAGAGUUGAAAACUUGAACACUGCCAGACUUAUAAAGAAAAGUUGUAUCAUAAAACUUCCCAAUGACAUCCAAGGAUCAAUCAUCGGUACCAGGUUUCAAGAAUAGGGUAUAUUUUAUCUUCUGUUCCUCAUCAUAAACUUUUCUUUUAUUCCAUGGGAUCUAGAGUGAGUCAGUCGUCUUCUGGGAAUAUUCUAAUCUAACUAAUCCAAAAGACAACCUGUCUCCUUUAUUAUUUGUCCUAUUUUUUAUUGUCUGACUAAAAUUUAUUUUUCUUGUAUGUCACGUCAUGAAAGUAGAAGAUUGGUUUCAUUUCUGUAAUGGGUAUUAAAUCAAAAGGCAUUUUGGGGCAGUAGACAGUACUUGACCUUAACCAUGGUUAAUGUGAUGAUCAUGUUUGCUCGUUUUCAAGAUCAUCAGGAGAAAGCAAAGUACCGUCUGAUCAUUAACCAUGGGUUUAGGUUUAAUCAACUCUUAAUUUUCUUCCUGAUCAUUGUUUCAAGCUUGUGGAGUUGUCGUGUUGCUGCUGCAGCAGACAAUAUUCGGGACACACUCAAAAUUGGCGACAGUGUCAAUUCCUCAAGUGCUUUGGUUUCUGCCUCUGGGAAGUUCACUUUGCUUUUCUUGCCAAACGGUUCAAGUUCCAACUACAGCUAUCUAUAUAUUAGGCGGUACAAUGUAAGUGGUGCGAAUAAGGCUUGGGUUGGGAACCGAGACUCACCCGUUUUAUACCCUCUUGGAGUUCUUACCUUGGACUCCAACAACACAUUAAAAAUCAUUACAAACAACGAAGGUGGCGGUGGCGAUCCUCCUAUAGUGCUUGGCUCCGCGCCAAAAAGUAGUAGUAAUGUUGCGGCUACUCUGUCGGAUUCUGGCAAUUUUAUCCUACAAGAGCUGAACUCCGAUGGAUCAAUGAAGCAGGUGUGGUGGCAAAGCUUUGAUUAUCCAACAGACACCUUUUUACCAGGCAUGAAGUUAGGUGUCAACCAUAGCAAUGGCCACAUUUGGUCUCUUACAUCAUGGACAUCCGCUUACUACCCACCGCCGGGGCCUUUCACUCUAGAUUGGGACCCAACUGCCCGCCAAUUGGAAAUUCGGAGAGAAGGGGUGGUUUAUUGGAGAAGCGGAAACUAUAGUGCUACAACCAACAGAUUCCAAAACAUUUUGCCGAAUGCGAAGGUUAGCUUCAAGUUUAGCAUUGUUUCAAAUGAGAAUGAAGACUACCUCACUUACAGUUCUGAAGAUGGUGCAUAUGACUUACCAGAAUGGUUUCUAAAUUUCGAUGGGAGGCUUUCUAAUUAUUAUGGAGCGGGAAUUGAUAUUGCACGAGCAGAUCAGUGUGGAGGCUACAGCACAGAUGGACUAGGGUGCCACACAAGUGGCCGGCCAACUACUUGUAUGGCAGAUUUCGGCAGUCCAUUUGUGCCAAAAAAAGGUUAUUUUCAACCAAUCACCUCGAGUUCAACUUCAAGAUGCCCAUACUCGCUCAACUUUGUAUCAAACAGAAGUUACAGUGGUAUUAGUAUUGAUUGUAAGAAUACUUGUUUGCAAAACUGUGACUGCCUUGGAUUCGACUUUCUAUUUGAUAAUCAGACAGGAUGCCGAUUUUGGAGUGUGGACUGUGAAUUCGUUGAAGACCGCACUCAACCUGGUAAUGCAAGCAGUUUGGUUUUAACAAAGCUAAUGCCAACAGCAAAAUCACCAGCGCCAAAGUCACGGCCAAGCAAAAGUGGUGCAACGCAUAAAUGGAUUUGGAUUGGGGUUGCUAUUAGUGCUGCUCUAGUGAUGAUGGCCUUUUCCAUCUUGUGCUGUCUACGAAGAAGAAGAAGACAAUCUAAACUUUCAGGUGAGGGUGAGAUCGACCAGAAUGAAUUGCUGAACUUCAGGAAUUCUAAGAGGCCUACUGAUUUGAAUGGACUUCAAAAUGUUGGAAAGAUGGGCCAUGAUUUGAGCAUAUUUAGCUAUGCAUCUGUGAUGGCUGCCACAAUCAACUUCGCUGAAGAAAACAAGCUUGGAGAAGGCGGCUUUGGACCUGUCUAUAAGGGGAAAUUGGCAACGGGAGAAGAAGUAGCUGUGAAGAGGCUUUCAAAAUGUUCAGGGCAAGGAACAUUAGAGUUUAAGAAUGAAUUGAUCCUCAUAUAUGAACUUCAACACACAAACCUUGUUCAGCUUUUUGGAUUUUGCAUUCACGGUGAAGAGAGGAUGUUGAUAUAUGAGUACAUGCCAAACAAAAGUCUGGACUACUUUUUAUUUGAUUCAGUCAGAGGUGUUUUUCUAGAUUGGAGCAAGCGUUUCAGUAUAAUUGAAGGAAUUGCUCAAGGAUUGCUUUAUUUGCACAAAUUCUCAAGAACAAGAGUAAUUCAUAGAGAUUUAAAAGCCAGUAACGUACUACUUGAUGAAAAUAUGAACCCCAAAAUUUCAGAUUUUGGUAUGGCUAGGAUUUUCUCCAUUAAUGAACUGGAAGCAAAUACUAGUAGGAUUGUUGGGACACGUGGUUACAUGCCUCCUGAGUACGCAAUGGAAGGAAUUUUCUCUACAAAAUCCGAUGCAUACAGUUUUGGAGUGUUAGUGCUUGAAAUCAUAAGUGGUAGGAGAAACAAUAGCUUCUAUAAUGAUGAUCGCGCCAUCAAUUUAGUAGGAUAUGCAUGGGAGUUGUGGAAAGAAGGCGCAGGGCUACAACUCAUGGAUCCAACACUAGCUGAUUCGUGUACUAACAAAGAUCAACUGUUAAGAUGCGUUCAAGUUGGUCUUCUAUGCGUGGAGGAUAGUGCAGCGAAUCGACCUACCAUGUCAGAUGUGCUCUCCGGGUUGACAAAUGAAAGCUCACCGUUACCUGCACCUACAAAGCCAGCAUUUUCUACAGAUAGACAUGCGGUCUCCAGUACUGUAGUGGAAAAGGAACCACAAACUUUAUCUGUAAAUGAUCUUACCAUUUCCGCUUGUGAUGGACGUUAAAGCCUUAGAGGCUCUAGUACAUUGUUUAUGAGUUCUAGCUCAAGUGAGAUUCAGAUGGAUGAGAAUGUGGUAGGUCUUAAGAUUGCAUCUCAUAGUUUCUGAAAAAUAUAAACAAAUAAAUAAGAACAAUGCAGAAACUAUUAUAAAAUGAGAUAACUUGCUUGUUAGACAGUGAA